AUUGAAUAUACAAUCUCUGCUUCUGUGAUAUUCAACUCAUUGGCCUCUGAGUUUGCGGAAGCUUAACUGCUGAAAGUUGUAAAAUACAUAUGCGUGGUGCAGCUGCCUUAUUGACUGUAAAGAACAAACCUAAACUGAUCCAUCCUACGAAAGGAUCAUGGGGUAGUCUGACUUCCACAGUACAAAGGCAAGGAAUGAAGAAUGAUUCUGAGGGAGAGUCUGUGGUUACAAAAGAGAAAGCUGACCCAAUUGCAGCGUUCAGCAAGCCUCCACCACUCCCCCCUCUUCUUGGUCCAUUGGCUGUUCUUUCAUUGUUAGAAACAUAUUUGAGUCCUGAUGGAAACGAUGACUAGAAGGGGAUGUUUUGUAAUACCUUUCUCGGCCAUCUGGCUAAGGUCAAGUGUAGUAUCUAUUCUAGAAGGGGAUGUUUUGUUAUACCUUUCUCGGCCUUUUGGCUAAGAUCAAGUUGUAGUGUCUGUUCUAGAAGGGGAUGUUUUGUAUGUUCACAAACUCUACCAUGUCCAUGACCCCGCUGUGGUUAUGUUUGAUAUUUUCUUUAUUUGUGAAAUGAAGUAAAAUAAAGAGUACAUAUAAAAAAGUGGAGACCCAAAACGUGUAAGGGUUAUAAAGAUUAGAAUCUUUGUAUAGGGCUUGCAAAUGCUCCAGAUCUUUUUUGUUAUACACGAGAUUCUAUUAGUCAAGGAUGUGUAAGAACUGCGUUUCAGUGUUUGUACCUUAUAAAGUUGGAAUUUAUGAA